UACUUUUCAGGCAACACGCUGGGCUUCCUCAAGGCCGAGCCGAAAACCCAUCAGCAGCAACAACAACAAGGACAACAGUGAAAGAAGUAGAAAAAUCCAAUAAGAAUAACUAGAGCUAUCGCUGGGCGCAUCGGGAAAUAUGUCAGGUCGUAGAAGUCAGACACAGAUGGCGCCGCCGCCGCCGCCGCCAAAGCCAACAAAAUCGCAACCGAACGGCAAUGGAACGCUACCAAAUGGCAACAGCAAUGGCAACAACAACAACAACAAUGGCGAUUACAACAACAGUUACAACUGCAAUAAAAUUGUCGCAGCGACAGGCGAUUGGAGCCAACAAAAUCAAAUCGGCGCUCAGAACAGCAACGCUGCCCGCCGGAGUCAGACGCCGCCGCGCAUCGAGCACGUCGUGAUGACGCCACGUGGCAAGACCGCCAACAGUACCGUUAUAUUGAUCGAACGCAAGCUGGUGGAUGAGAUCAAUGAUCGCGUCCAUGUCGCCGGCGGCGAUCACACGGGCAUCAUCAUCAACAAGGACACGGUGGCCGGCCAGAAGAGCGCCAGCAAGCCGGCCGCCCUAUCCCUGGAGUUUCGUGUCUUUCUGGUCAGCGCCAAUACGGGCAAGCACUCGCAGGAGUCGCGCACGUUGCGCUUCUGGUUCCGGGACUGGCUGACCAACGAUGAGAAGCAGGCGCACAUUGCCCAGGACUUUUUCAAGGAGCUAGUCAGUCCGCAGGACUUUCCCAGAGGUGAGAAGGGAGAUUUAUAA